AUGGUGCAACUGUUAGAAAAGAGUUCAGCGAUCAUUCAAAGAAGACUACCAAAGAAGCUAAAAGACCUAGGAAGUUUUACUAUUCCUUGCUUUAUUGGUAAUCUAAAUGUUGAUAAUGCGCUUGCUGAUUUGGGGGCUAACAUUACUGUUAUGCCUUAUAAUUUAUUCAAGAAAUUAGGGCUAGGAGAACCUAACACAACACUUAUAAGCAUUCAAUUGGCUGAUAAAUCUGUUGUAUACCUUAGGGGUAUCAUUGAGGACUUAUUGGUUAAGGUUCAGGAGUUUACUUUUCCUAUGGAUUUUAUAGUUAUGUAUAUGAAUGAACCUUUUGAUGUUUCCUUUAUUUUAGAAAGACCCUUUCUUGCUACAACUAGGGCCAUCAUUGAUGCUCAUGAUGGUAAGCUUAUUCUUAGGGUAGGGAAAGAGCAAGUGAUGUUUCAGAUCCGUAAUGCUAUGAAUUGUAUUUCAUCUAUUAUUGCUAAAGAUCCUUUGGAAUUAUCUUGGUACAGGAACAUGAAAAGUGUGAGAUGCCAGGAGCUCUGGAGCAACUAG